AUGGCUCUGGUUCCGUACCUGUACCAGUCCGAGCCAGCACCCCACACCUCGCUGCAUCUCCUUCAGAACGUGUGGCAUCGACUCUACCCAGAGGGUGCUGAUCCAGUGUACCAGGUUUAUCGGGAGCAUCUAGUCGGCUUAUUGUAUGAGUAUUACGCGGAGGUCACUUUACACCACAGUUCCCCUUCCGGCGCUUACACUCGUUCCUCUAAGGGUGGUUUCGCUUCCACGCCAUCUCAGGCCAUCCAGUUUGCUGCACUCAAGGCUCUUGUAGACCUGCACUACAAUGAGAUUCUGGUAAACAAAGUUCUCAUUGCAGAAAGAGAACAUAAGGUUGUGCACAACAAUAAGCGCACUAAUAAUGAUCAUAAGCGCGAGUUCGAGCCUAAGAAGGAUGGACAACCAGUGCAGAAGGCUCUAAUGUCUUUCGGCCUCACAAAUGCCCCUGCUCUCUUCAUGCAUAUGAUGAAUAAGGUAUUCAUGGAUUACUUGGAUAAUUUUGUGGCGGUCUUCAUCGAUGACAUCCUCAUAUACACAAAAGGUGAAGAAGAGCACAAGGGACAUCUUAGAGCAGUCUUGCAAAGACUCCGUGACCAUCAGCUAUAUGCAAAAUUCAGCAAGUGUGAAUUUUGGCUCAAGCAAGUCGGAUUUUUGGGGCAUGUUCUUUCAGCAGAAGGCAUAGCCGUGGAUCCGGGCUUCUCUAAGAUUGCCAAGCCAAUGACAGAACUCCUCAAGAAAGAUAAGAAAUUUGAAUGGACUGAGGACUGUGAGAACAACUUCAAUGAGUUAAAGACCAGACUGACAACAGCACCUGUGCUGACCCUUCCAGACAUCUACCGCAGCUUUGAUGCCAACGUCAUAGCUGAUGCUCUCAGCCGCAAGCCCGCCAAUCUGAACGCCCUGAUGGAGUCCUUGCCCCCCGAACUUCAAGAAGAGAUCGCUCAGCUUAACUUUGUUAUUGUUGAUACUGGCCUUGCCAAUAUAUUGGAAGUUACCCCUACCCUCGAGGAUGAGAUCCGCAUGGCCCAGCAAGAUGACUCAGCCCUGUAA